AUGCAUAAAAAAUUUCGUUGUGGCCUUUUGAUGCGAACCAAAGAUGGUAAAAUAAAAAAGCUUGAUCUUGAAAAUGGUGGUGGUUCUCGUUUAUGUGAUUGGUAUAAUAAAGAUAUAACUUUAAAUGAUGUUUAUCUUCAUAUUCUCAACAUAUUCAAAUUAGGAGAUACUGAACAUGAAACAUUAUUAUACAAUUUUCAAUUGCAACCAUUAGAUGUUAAUCAAUAUGAAACAUUUUUUGAAUACAUUCAGAAGAAUGGUUUGAAUUGUUCAAGUACAAUUAUAUAUGUUUGCAUUCAUGAAGUUACUAAUAAUGAUAUGAUAAGAAAAACUAUGAUGGAAAGUGAAAAAAAAUAUACAACGACAACUUCAUCAAUCGUAAAAGAAAUAACAUCUCUACAAACAAGAACUGAUUUAUUCACAACAUCAAUCGAACAUGAACAUGUCAAUGAAAAUAAACAAGAUAUUCAUUCAGAUCAAACUAAUAAUUCAUUAUAUGAAUAUUCAUUUAUAAAUUCGAUUAAUUCUAUUAUGAAAAGUACUGAAAAAUUAAUGAGUCAAAACAGUUAUAAUGAAAUUUUGAUUAAAUUAUUUGAGAAUAUAUGUAUUAUUCAUGGAUAUUCACAUUUAACAAUUCCUGCAAUAAAACAAUUAAUUAAACAAUUAAACAAAGAUAUUCAAUCAAUUAAACAAUGUGAUAUUAUAUUACAUUUGAAUUGUAUUAAUAUUAUUUCUGUUAGUUGUGAAUUUUUAAUUAAACUUUUCACACAAGAAAAAGAUAAAUUUGAUCAUAUUCCAAUUUAUUCAAUGAUUCAUCAAUCAUUUACUGAAUUUUAUCGAAACUUAAAGCUUUUAUGCGCUCACUGUUAUAUACUUGUUGAUGAGUACAAUAAAUUUAAUAAAAGUUCACCUAUUAAAUCAAUUGAAUAUGGAAGAACAAAAUCAUCUCAUUCGAAUUCUCAAUCUGCAUUUGAGCACUAUCAUGAAACAAAUACAAAAGCAUUUGGUAACAAUAGUCGAAAAACUAUUGAAUUAUUUAAGCGAUUCUUUAUUAAUUCAAGAGAUUUAUUGCAUUUUAUGAAUGAACUACGAUUAUUAAAAUUUCAUAAUAUUAUUCAAUCUAUAAUUGUUGGCAUAGAAUCCGUACUACCAACUAUUAAUAUGGGUAAUUCUACAUCUGUAACUAAUGCAAUAGAAGCCCUAACAUCGUUUAAAAUUCAAUAUUCAAAAAUAUUCUAUCCGAAUUAUUUUACAUCACCCAUAUAUCGAUUGAAUCAAUCUGCUAAACAAGCAUUUAUAAGGACAAGCAGAUCAAUAACUGAUUUAAUUGGUCAUUGUAAGAAUUAUCAAAUUCCACCAGUUAAAAAUCAAACAAAAGCAUCAACAUCCUUAUCAAUAGAUAAUCAAAAACAACGGAAAAAUAAAUAUUCAAUUCAAUCACUUAAACGAAAAUCAGAAGCUUUACAUGUUGAUAAUUAUGAUCAAAGUGAAAUUCAAUCAUAUUCGUCAUUUAAAAAUGAAAGUUUCUCAAAACAUUUUGAAAAUAGAAAUAAACGAACAUUUAAGAAAUCGAACUAA